GGAGUAGCCACAUGUCUUGGAUUUUCUUUCCAUUCUGCUGUGCUGUGUUCUCCUGACACCACCUCGUCACUAGACGUAAGCACUAGACGUGACAAUCAACUCCAUUUAAACUGAGCAGGAGAAGCUCUGAAGACACAGUCUCCAGGAGAAAUGUCUCAAAGGCAGCCUCAGUCACCUAAUCAGACUUUAAUUCUAAUUACAAAUGACACAGAAUCAUCAAGCUCUGUUGUUUCCAACGAUACCACAAAUAAAGGACGGACCGGAGACAACUCUCCAGGAAUAGAAGCACUAUGUGCCAUCUAUAUCACUUAUGCUGUGAUCAUUUCGGUGGGCAUCCUUGGAAAUGCUAUUCUCAUCAAAGUCUUUUUCAAGACUAAAUCCAUGCAAACAGUUCCAAAUAUUUUCAUCACCAGCCUGGCAUUUGGAGAUCUUUUACUUCUGCUGACUUGUGUGCCGGUAGAUGCAACCCACUACCUCUCCGAAGGAUGGCUGUUCGGAAAAAUCGGUUGUAAGGUGCUCUCUUUCAUCCGGCUCACUUCUGUUGGUGUGUCGGUGUUCACAUUAACGAUUCUCAGUGCUGACAGAUACAAAGCAGUCGUGAGGCCACUUGAGCGACAGCCCCCUAAUGCGCUCCUGAAGACGUGUGCAAAAGCUGGCUGCAUCUGGAUCGUGUCUAUGAUAUUUGCUCUACCGGAGGCUAUUUUUUCAAAUGUAUACACUUUCCGAGAUCCCAACAAAAAUAAGACAUUUGAAUCGUGUGCCUCUUACCCUGUCUCUGAGAGGCUUCUGCAGGAAAUACAUUCUCUACUGUCUUUCUUAGUGUUCUACAUUAUUCCACUCUCGAUUAUCUCUGUUUAUUAUUCUUUGAUUGCUAGGACUCUUUACAAAAGCACCUUGAACAUACCUACUGAGGAACAAAGUCAUGCCCGCAAGCAGAUUGAAUCCCGGAAGAGGAUUGCCAAAACAGUUCUGGUGCUGGUGGCUCUGUUUGCUCUCUGCUGGUUGCCAAAUCACCUCCUGUAUCUCUACCACUCGUUCACUUACCAAAGCUACGCAGACCCCUCUGCCAUUCAUUUUCUUGUUACCAUUUUCGCUCGGGUGCUGGCUUUCAGCAAUUCUUGUGUAAAUCCCUUUGCUCUCUACUGGUUGAGCAAAACCUUUCAGAAGCAUUUUAAAGCUCAGCUAUUCUGCUGUAAAGCAGAGCUGCCUGAGCCCCCUCUUGCUGACACCCCUCUGAACAACCUGGCUGUGAUGGGAAGGGUCCCCUGCACUGGGACUGCACACGUUUCUGAAAUUAGUGUGACCUUAUAUGCUGGCUGUAGUGUGAAGAAGGAAGAAGAUAGAGUCUAGCUUUUGUAAGGGGAAAAAUGAUGCUUUACCUCCCAGCAUGUGUACCCAAGUCUAUACUGGGU